UGGAAUCUGGUACCCCAGAACUGCUGCAACCCAGACUAACCAACCCACUGGGAGAGAUGCCUGGGGGUCCCGGAGUCCUCCAAGCGCUGCGUGCCACCAUCUUUCUCCUCUUCCUAAUCUCCGCUGUUGGCCUGGGCCCUGGCUGCCAGGCCCUGUGGGUGGACGGGGGCCCGCCGUCGGUGACCGUGAGCCUGGGGGAAACGGUCCGCCUCCAGUGUCUGCACAACAGCAGCAGGCGGGACAGCAGGCUCAACGUCACGUGGUGGCGUGUCCUCCAAGGCAAUGCCACGUGGCCCGAUAUAUUCUGGAGCUACGGCGAGGCCCCCCAUGGUGAGCUGAUCAUCAGCACAGUGAACAAGAGCCACACAGGCAUGUACCGGUGCAAGGUGGAGGAGAAAGAUGUCAACUACACAGUCCUCAACUUCCAGCAGUCCUGCGGCACCUACCUCCGUGUGCGUGAGCCGGUCUCCAGACCUUUCCUGGACAUGGGAGAGGGCACCAAGAACAACAUCAUCACAGCCGAGGGUAUCAUCCUGCUGUUCUGUGCUGUGGUGCCUGGGACGCUGCUGCUGUUCAGGAAACGAUGGCAGAAUCUGAAGUUCGGGGUGGACGUCCAGGAUGACUAUGAAGAUGAAAACCUUUACGAGGGCCUGAACCUCGAUGACUGCUCCAUGUACGAGGACAUCUCCCGGGGCCUUCAGGGCACCUACCAGGAUGUGGGCAGCCUCCACAUCGGAGACGGGGACGUCCAGCUGGAGAAGCCGUGACCCUGCGGGCUGAGCCAACCCACUGUGCUGCCAACCCCGGUGCCCCCCACCCCACCCCUUCCUGUUCUCUUUUCACAAAAUCUUCCCUGGGAGUGUCCUGACUCAACUUCCCCCUUGGGGAUGUCCACUCUUCUUCCCUCUCAACUGCCCUCCUCCCCUCCGCACACCCCAAUUCAGUUCUCCUGCUGCCUUGCCCAGCCUCCCCCCACACCCAGCGGGUAAUGAGCCCUUAAUCGCUGCCUCCUGGGGAGCUGAUUGUAGAGCCUCCCCCUCCCUGCUCUGUCAUGGCCACUUAGUGAUAAUAAAUCCUUCCCAACUGCA